UUUUUAAAUCCAGAAAAAGAAGAAGAAAAAAAGGGUGUUUUAAUCCCAUCAUCUCCUUAUUCUGCGUUUCAGACAUUGAGACCAGGCAGAGUUGGGUUGUGGAAGUAUUUUGUGAGUGGGGCGGAUUUCAGACUUCCGAUUUGGGGCUUUUUUCUUUACCCAAUGAGUGAAAUACUAAUUAAACAUUUUCCUGAAGCGAAGACUGUCAUUUUUGAGGAUGAUUUUCCCUUCUCAGAAUAUAUUUUGUCAGCAAAGAAGAGCUUUAAAUUCAUGGAUGAGUUGGACCGUAUUGAAAUUUCAACCAAAGAAGUCAUAGAAAGCAAAUUCGGCAGUGAUGUUGAAAAUCAUCUGGGGAUGCUGUGCUCAUUGAUACCGGAAUUCAUCCAUGAGGAGAAGUUUGGAGUAGAUUCUGUAAUGCUGAUUACGCCAUUCGGAGAUUCUGAAAGGAUGCUUGAAGAGAGGAUUCAGAAAGGAAAUAUGGGGAAAAGGUUGAUAUCUACUAAGAUUAAGGACAUGCACAUUUGGAUUGCGAAACUAGGUCGUUCCGAAAUGUCAACAGAUGAGCUGAAGCGUGAUAUCAUUUUUGGUGAUCUCUAUGCAGAUGACAGAAGUGCCUUUGUCCAACAACUAGAGUUGCUAGUCUUCCUUGUUCCACAGUGGAUUUUGAAAGAUCCGGAAGAGAAUCCAAAUAAUUUUAGCAUCUGUAGAAAGAAUACUAAAGAUGCAAAAAUAAAGCUUUACCAAGAAAUUGAUGAAAGAACACUUGGAGAAUCACCAUCAUUUAAUUUAAGCAAAGAUGAUUUCCUGCUAAAUCUAAGAAGAUCGAUUGUAAAGGAUUUCGGGGAGUGCAGCACCUGCUGGGAUGAUCUCUACAAUGACGAAGGAUUGAGCGUAGACACACUGCCUUGUGGUCACGCAUUUCACUGCAAGUGCGUGAGGGAGUGGUGUGUAGAGAGUGGCAGAAACACAACAUGCCCAUUGUGCAGAGGGCCAAUAAUACCGAGAACCAUAAAUAUGGCAUGAGGGAAAGCUGAUGACUACGUUGAUGCUGAUGAGAUGACUUUGAACUAGCAAACUUUGUAGGUUAUGAGUUGUUAUGUUUUUCUUCUCGGUUAAAGAUCUAGUCACUCUGUUUGACAAAAAGGAAAAAGAAAAAAGAAAUAGUCACUCUGUGAAUGUACUAACCAUUGUGGGCGUAGAUUAUGGAUUUUUGAUGGGAGCAUAACCAUUUGUGAAA